UAAAGAUACACAUGACAUAUCGCGAGAUUGAGGCAUCCUUGAAGAUCUCAAAGACCUCAAUUCAGAAAAAUUUACUGCGGAUUGGUAUACCAUCAUUUGUUUGCCAAAAGUCAUCACCGAGCUUCGAAAAAUCAACCCCGAAAGAAGAAUCUUCCUCAGCCAAGACAUUCCCAAAAAAACAAGGCAGUAUUUAACGGAAGAAAACGUGGAAUUAUUGCACCAUCCUCCAUAUAGUCCAGAUCUGAGUCCUAACAAUUUCAUUACUUUCCCGAAAAUUGAAAACAGACUGCGUGGUCAAAGGUUCCAGUCACCAGAAGAAGCAGUUGACGCAUUCAAAAAUGCCGUUUUCGAUCUGCCAGCAAACGAUUGGAAUAAGUGCUUCGAAAAUUGGUUCGAGCGCAUGCAGAUGUGUAUUAAUCUUCGUG